UCGCCGUCAUUCGCUGUCUUUGCAUCGACAUACAUAAUAAUUAAGAAUGCCUUCUCGUCCAGACCGACAGAGGGAAAUCAAGUCGCAAGUGAAUCUGUGCAGGUGCGCGAGAGAAUCAGAUGAGCAUCAUGUGGCGGUGUCGCCCAAUAGUCACCCUCGGGGGAAAUGAACUCAUCCCUGGGACUCGCUGGGAAUUCCCCCGGCUAACGAUGCGCGCUGUCGGUUAGUCGCAAUUCUUACUAGCUCCAUGGCUGUGCUUUUUCUUCGUCUGGUAGCUCGGUAGCUCUUCUUCCUCUUCUCCUUCACCCUCUUCGUCACUACUCUCUUCCCCCUACAUACUUGCUCCGUUGCACACCAUGUUUUGGGGAUCCAGCAAGCAAGAAGAGACGCCCGAGGUGGCUCAUAAACCCAUUCCUCGCAGCAAGCUUCCUCCUCAGCUCCAGCAGCUGGUGGAUCGCGACGAUGCAUUCUACGAUGACAUCUACUCCUCCUACUCCGUCGACUCCACGGAAACACCCUACCGGUACGCCGGUUACGCCAACCGCCUGCGGACGGUACUUCUCUCCGCCCAUCGCUAUGUCGCCUACACCUCCGACAUUGGCGAGUCCUUCCGCCCCGUCGCCCAUCCCUACUUGGUGCGCACGGCCUACGGUAUCUCCUGGACCUAUCUGAUCGGCGACGUUGUCCACGAAGGCUACAAGGCCUACCUGCGCAACCGGCGCGUGCUGGCCCCGCCCUGCGAGGCCUACAAGGACGCCAAGGACCUGUCGCAGGAGGAAGUCGUCAAGGGCAUGGCCACGGGCAAGAUCGCCGGCUCCCUGAACUCCGCUAAAUCGUCGUCGCCCAAUUCCCAGGCCGGCAGCUCGUCUGACACCCUGACGCCCUGGCCCGCGACCGAGAUCCCGCUCAUCGAGGACUACCGCAUGGUGAUGGCCAAGCGCGCCGUGUUCCAGAGCAUCGCGAGUAUGGGACUUCCGGCAUUCACGAUCCACUCGGUGGUCAAGUAUUCCGGACGCAUGUUGAAGAAUUCCAAGAUGGUGUUUUUCCGCACCUGGGCGCCCAUCGGGCUUGGUCUCGCCGUCGUCCCCUUCCUCCCUUACAUCUUCGAUGAAGCCGUCGACGAAGCCGUCGAGUGGUCCUUCCGCACCGCUCUGCGCGCCUAUGCCGGCGAAGACGCCGUCCGCCCCUUGCCUACCACCGCGCAUAUCCCCGCCGACGACGCCACCUCGCUCAGCCACUUCCUGAAAGUCCGCGAAGAACAGAACGCCAACGUAGCCAUGGAAACCGAUGCCCGCACCUCCGCGGCGACCAACCUCUCCUGGGACGACUACAAGGAGCAGCGCCUGCAGGCGAAGGAGCAACGGAAGCGAGACCGGGAAGAGCGCGGUGAAAAGGGGGUGCUGGCGAUGCUGGGAUGGAAUGGUGAUUCGAAGGAGAAGAACGAGUAAAGGCCGUUCUUGGUUCUUUCUGUCCAACGCUUCUUUUCUUUUCUUUCGACGUUCCUUAUCAUUUUUUUUUCUUUUUUUUUCUCCCCUUGCUCUUUUGCAUACUUGACUCUGUACAUAUUAUACUCUCUGGUUUUAGCGCCUCUUUUAUUUUUU